AUGGAAAACUGUAUAGCCAUUGAGGAUGGGUCUAAGUUAGGGGACAAAAAUGGUUUAAACAAUGAGGUUAUGGAGUCAAGAGCAGAGGAAAAUGCUGAUUCAGGUUUGGAUGGAUCAAAGGACUCGGAUGGGGAUGAAGUAUUUGAGGAGGCUGUGGCAGAGACUCCGAGGGUAUAUCCAGAGAAUAGGGAUGGGAAUAAAGAUGAAAAUUUUGAGACAAUUGCGACUUCAGAGAAUAGUAAUGAGAAUUUAGAUCUCGACAAUGAGGUUGAGAAGUUUGAAGAGGCAAUUGGGGUUUCUGGUGCAAUGCAGAAUACAGUUGAGGAUUCUGGUGCAAAGGCUGAAUUUUUUAUGAACGAAUCUUCUGACGAGAAUCAAAUUGCUGCAGAGAAACUUGUGACGGAUGAAAGGAAUAGGUUGAUGGAUGACAGUGCUGUUGAGAAUGGUGAAGGUCACACCAUUCCUGUUGCUGAUGGCAAAACUGGAAAUCUAAAUGACACGAAUGAGUUCAAUGAAAAGUUAGGCAAGUCCCCUGAGAAUCCUGAAACAGGUGCAUCAGAUCCUGCAGAGAUGAAGAUCCAGGAUACAGACAUAAAGGAAAACCAUAUUACUGAGGUGUCAGAAACUCAAGAUGCCAGUGAGUUAAAAGGGAUUAAUGUGGGCUCUGAGAAGCCUGAUAUGAAGGAAACCCAGAUUCACGAGAUUUCAGAGAUUAGAGAUGCCAAUGAGGUGAAAGGAGGUGAUACUGCUUCAGAGAAGCCUGUGAAUGGCGUGUCAGAACAUAUGAAUUUGGCUGAAACUUUGAUUCAUGAAGACCCAAUCCUUUCAGAAUCUGAUGCACUGAAAGAACAUACUCAUAAGAGUUCGUCAGAAACCCAAGAUGGUAGUGUGAUAAAGGGAGUUGCAACUGAACCUUGGCUAGAGUCUGAGUCCAAUGGGAGUGUUUUGCAUCAUAAUGAACCGACUGUUGUGGUUAAUUUCAGAGAGCAAGUUGUAAAAUCGCUUAUUUCUGGAGCCCAACUCAAUGAUGAUGAGAAUACAGAAGCAGAAAAACUAGAGUCACACAGUGAGGAAGCUGACGAUCAGGAUAUUGAUGUGGAAGAGCAUGUGGGUAUACCAGCCUCAGAUGCUUCUGUGGCUGUUCAACUGAACGAAUGUACUGGUCUCGAUAAUAAUUUACUUGCUGAAGUUGAGGAAAGCACAACGAACCUGAAGGUUGAGAGUUUACCUUCGGUAGAAGAUUCCGUGGUUGAAAGUGUUGAGCAGCCCCAUUUUGGCUCAUCUGAAUUGGUAGCUGAAAAUUCUGGGGCUUCUCAACCUCAGCUUGUCUAUGCAAGUGAUGAAGUCUCCAAAGUUGUUGUCAAGGAGCCAGAGAAGGAAGGACAGAAGGACGAGAAAGAGGAGCAGGUUGCUUCUGGGAAUACAGAACAUGAAGUGAGACCAGUUACUGAUACUUCAUCCUCCUCUAGCAACUCUUCCACUUCUGCCUCCGCUGCUCAUACUGUAGUCCUUAAGUGUGCUUCUCAGAUAGAUGAACCUGUUUCUCAGAAUGUAUUGAGCAAUAGAGAAGAGAUAAUCGAACAUGUAGCCGAUAUUUCUUCAUCUAAUGCUAACACUGCAUCCCCUGCUCAACCUGCUAACUGUGAGCAUGCAUCCCCGCAGUUAGAACCUGCUCAAAAUAUACUAGGAAACAGAGAACAGGUAAUCAGGCCUGCAGCUGAUAUUCCUCCAUCCAAUGUUAACUCUGCAACUCCUGCUCGUCCUGCUGGCCUUGGUCGUGCUGCCCCGCUAUUGGAACCUACUUCUCGGGUGGUACAGCAACCGCGAGUGAAUGGAGCUGUUUCUCGAGUGCAGGACCAACAUGUUGAAGAUCCGACAAGUGGGGAGACCGAGGAGUAUGAUGAGACCCGUGAAAAGCUCCAAAUGAUCCGGGUCAAAUUUCUACGACUUGCUCAUAGGCUUGGGCAAACUCCACAUAACGUAGUGGUGGCUCAGGUCUUGUACAGAUUAGGGUUAGCCGAACAGCUACGGGGGAGAAGUGGUAGUCGUGUUGCUGCCUUUAGCUUUGAUCGUGCCAGUGCAAUGGCUGAGCAGCUUGAGGCAGCUGGACAAGAACCAUUGGAUUUCACCUGCACAAUCAUGGUUCUUGGAAAAACAGGGGUUGGUAAAAGUGCGACCAUAAACUCCUUAUUUGACGAAGUUAAGUUUGGUACUGAUGCUUUUCAGUUGGGCACCAAGAAGGUUCAAGAUUUUGUUGGGACUGUGCAGGGAAUCAAGGUGCGCGUAAUUGACACCCCUGGGCUUUUGCCCUCCUGGUCAGACCAACGCCAGAAUGAGAAAAUCCUCCGAUCUGUCAAACAGUUUAUUAACAAAACAACCCCUGACAUUGUUUUAUAUCUGGAUAGAUUGGAUAUGCAAAGCAGAGAUUUUGGUGACAUGCCAUUACUGCGUACAAUCACAGAAAUUUUUGGGCCAUCUAUAUGGUUCAAUGCAAUUGUCGUUCUGACUCAUGCUGCAUCUGCACCACCAGAAGGCCCCAAUGGCACUGCAACAAGUUAUGACAUGUUUGUAACCCAGCGUUCUCAUGUUGUCCAGCAAGCAAUACGUCAGGCUGCUGGAGAUAUGCGGUUGAUGAAUCCGGUUUCAUUGGUGGAGAAUCACUUGGCAUGCAGAACAAACAGAGCUGGACAGAGAGUGUUGCCAAAUGGUCAGGUUUGGAAACCUCAUUUGUUGCUUCUGUCCUUCGCUUCGAAAAUUUUGGCUGAAGCAAAUACAUUACUGAAAUUGCAAGAUAGCUCACCUGGAAAGCCAUUUAUCUCUCGAGCAAGAUCGCCUCCUUUACCUUUCCUUCUUUCAUCCCUUCUGCAGUCAAGACCCCAAGUGAAACUUCCAUCAGAGCAAUUUGGCGAUGAGGAUGAUGCUUUAGAUGAGCAUCUGGAUGAGUGCUCAGACUCGGAAGAUGAUUCAGAAUAUGAUGAAUUACCACCAUUCAAACCAUUGACUAAAGCACAGCUGGCAAAGCUUAGUAAAGCCCAAAGGAAGGCAUACUAUGAUGAACUAGAAUAUAGGGAAAAUCUUUUCAUGAAGAAGCAGCUGAAGGAAGAGAAAAAGCGGCGGAAGAUGAUGAAGAAAAUGCAAGCAGCAGCUAAAGAUUUUUCUCCUGACUUAGGUGAAAAUGCAGAAGAAGAGACCAAUGGUUCUGCAUCUGUACCAGUUCCUAUGCAAGACUUGGCCCUACCUGCUUCCUUUGAUUCUGAUAAUCCAACUCAUCGAUAUCGUUAUCUCGACUCCUCUAACCCAUGGCUUGUGAGACCUGUCUUAGAACCUAAUGGUUGGGAUCAUGACAUUGGUUAUGAGGGCAUAAAUGUAGAAAGAUUAUUUGUUGUUAAAGAUAAGGUACCGAUAUCUUUUUCUGGCCAUGUUUCAAAAGAUAAAAAGGAUGUAAACCUUCAAAUGGAAAUUGCAAGUUCAGUGAAGCAUGGGAAUGGUAAAGCAACUUCUGUAGGUUUUGAUAUGCAAUCAGUUGGAAAAGACAUGGCUUAUACUCUUCGAAGUGAGACAAGAUUUAGCAAUCACAGAAUAAGUAAGGCCAUUGCUGGUCUUUCAGCAACUCUUUUGGGUGAUGUUUUAACUGGUGGAAUGAAAUUAGAGGACAAAUUGAUUGUUGGUAAACGAGGUCAGUUGGUUGUUUCUGGAGGAGCCAUUUUUGGUCGUGGGGAUGUUGCUUAUGGUGGAAGUCUGGAAGCAACACUGAGGGACAAAGAUCAUCCUUUAGGGCGUUUCUUAUCAACUUUGGGGUUCUCAGUCAUGGAUUGGCAUGGAGAUCUUGCUAUUGGAUGCAAUUCACAGACUCAGAUCCCUAUUGGACGACAUACAAAUUUGAUUGGCCGGGUCAAUAUAAAUAACAGGGGGUCUGGACAAGUUAGUAUUCUCAUCCAUGAUGUGGCUGCUGUUGGAUCGACCGUGAUUCUUUUUUUGGUGGCCAUCCUUUGUGAAUUUGCAAUAAAUAUAGAUGCUUCCUCUGUCCAAUAG